AUGUCUUUAGUGAUCCUUGAGAAGUUCCAGCACAUUUUGCGAGUACUCAACACAAGUAUUCAUGGGUGGUGGAAAACAGCCUUUGCCAUCACUGUAAUUAAGGGUGUGGGGCGAAGAUAUGCUCAUGUGGUGUUGAGGAGAGCAGACAUCGACCUCACAAAGAGGGCAGGAGAGCUCACUGAGGAUGAGGUGGAACAUGUGAUCAUUAUGUAGAAUCCAUGCCAGUACAAGAUCCCAGACUGGUUCUUGAACAGACAGAAAGAUGUGAAGGAUGGAAAAUACAGCCAGGUCCUGGCUAAUGGUCUGAACAACAAGCUCCGGGAAGACCUGGAGGGACUAAAGAAAAUUCGGGCCCACAAAGGGCUGUGCCACUUCUCAGGACUUUGUGUUCGAGGCCAGCAUGCCAAGACCACAGGCCGCACUGUGAGUGUGUCUAAGAAGAAAUAA